AUGAAGCGCAGCCAACGCGCUGGCCUAACCUACUCCAAAGGAGGCGUCGCCAUCUCCAGCGCCGGUCGCAAGAAGAAGAAGAACUAUCCUCUCUCCUGGGGCUGUUCCAUCGACAAGAUGAAGAUGAAGAAACGCGUCUUGUGCGUCUACGAUGGCUCCCGUCGGCUAUGGAAGGACGACAUGAUGCUCGACCAGGAGUUCGAGGUUCGCAUCCCGAUGCCGGACGGCCGGGGCUAUGUUACAGACCUCGACGUCCAGACGCUGAAUCGCGCCGAUGCUCUACACGCAGCGACUGAAGAGGAGAAGGGCCCUUGGACGGAGAACACCAACAUCUCUGGCCUAUAA